UCAAAGUAAGAUGGCUGCGGGAAAGGGGAGAGUGUCUGAGGAAUCAUCAGAUGGGAUGUUUAUCUGUCUCUAACAGGAUGCCCGGCAGCCCGAGCGAAGGAGUGGUCAACGUGUUAGCUCGCCCGGCUCAAGGUGGUCUAGCUCGCCAGUUGUCUCCCGGUUUCUUGCGCGCCGGUCGCCCGUCCACGGCUCUGACAUUGUGGAAUUCAUUAGCAGCUAGUCGUUAGCAACCCACCAGCGCCAACCCACUAGCACACCGGCUAAGUUAGCGGGUAUCCGGAGGAAAAACAAGGCGCUCGCGACCACCGUACAGGCUCCGGCGAACUCCUCUGCGCAGAGUGGCCGUCCUGACCGGCUAUGGAGUGGUGUUGGCUCCAGACCGGAUGACAGGGUCUACAGGGCGGACGGGGUCACACGGACUCUAAAGCAGCAGCAGCAGCAGCAGUGGGCUCUUCCUAGAUGUACACUGACUGGCAGUGACAGCGCGUUUUGCUGCAGACCUCCUUCCUCCUCCUCUCUGUGGAUAUACUUUCCCCUCUCCCACCUCCCCCCACCUCCCUUUAUUCUCUCCCUCUCCACCUCUUUUCCUUUUCUUUGCCCUCUCGGCUUCUUUUUGUCGCUCGUGACGUCCGACCCGCCUCUCGCCGGGUACCAGCGAUGAGCUGGCUGAGCAGGUUGAACCCGCGGGGUCCCGGGAGUCGGACCGGCCGGAGCGCAGCCCCCUCCGGCCCCUGCACCGCCGACCCGGAGACCUGCCUCAUGGUGUUUGAGAACCACUGGAGACAGGUCUCGUGGGUGUUGGAGCAGCAGGAGCCCUCGUCCUCCAGCGACGACCUGACGGCGGUGAGGAAUCACACCGACCAGAUGCUGUGUCUGCUGGCGGAGGAGCGGCCUGCCGAGAGCGCGGAGGGCGGCGCCGCGCCCAUGGGCCCCAUCCUAGAGCUGGUGGUCACAGAGAACAUCCUGGAGCGCCUGGUCCAGUGGCACCUCCGCCGCGGCCUGGACUCGGACAGCCAGGGGGCGCUGCUCAAGCUGUUCGAGAUGCUCAUCGGCCAGUCGCAGCAGCAGCCGCUGCUGCAGCACACGGCCGUCCUCCACCCGCUGCUGAGGCUGCUGGGAGCGUGUGCCGACCCAGAUCUCGGUUGUCCUCUGGCCCUGGAAAAUAGCCUGGUGCUGCUGCUCAACCAGAUCUGCGUGUCCAUGGCCCGGCAGCCCGUGGUGCUGGAGAUGCUGUUCCGGGCGGCACCGGCCCAGCAGGGCUCGACCAAUCUGCUCAUCUUCUCCCUCCUCGUGCCGUUCAUCCACCGGGACGGAGCCAUCGGACAGCAAGCCCGCGACGCGCUGCUGUUGGUCAUGGCGGCCUCGGCCAGCAACGAGGCCGUGGCGCGGUACAUCGCUGAGAACUCCUACUUCUGCCCGCUGCCCCCACCUGAAGCCGUCUCUCGUGCCUCCUCUCAGGUGUUGGCGACGGGCCUCAGCGCCCUCUACUCCUCUCUGCCCAGGAAGAUUGAGGUCCGUGGGGACGACUGGCACGCCCUCCGGCGGGAGGACUGGAUGAGCGUGUCGUCGCUCGUGCUGUUCAUGAACUCGCUGGAGUUCUGCAACGCUGUGGUGCAGAUCGCUCACCCGCUGGUCCGCUCCCAGCUCCUGGACUACCUCCACAACGGCUUCCUCGUACCCGUCAUGGGCCCCGCGCUGCAUAAGUCGUCGGUGGACGAGAUGAUCGCCAGCACCGCCUACCUGGACCUCUUCCUGCGCAGCGUGUCGGAGACGUCCCUGCUCAAAACCUUCCUGCGCUUCAUCCUGCUGCAUCGCCACGACAACGACACCAUCCUGGACACGCUGCUCACACGCAUCAGCAGCAAUUCACGGCUGUGCAUGGUGUCAUUGAGCCUCUUCAGGACCCUUCUGUCCCUGAACUGUGAAGACGUCAUGCUGCAGCUCGUUCUCAGGUAUCUACUGCCCUGUACCCACGUCAUGCUGAGUCAGCGUCAAGCUAUCAGGGUGACGGACCUGUACGGCAAGUCGGCGGACAAGUUCCUGUCGCUGAUCCCAGAGUGCUGCCGGCUGAAUGCGGCGUCCUCUGCUGAGCGGGACGAGGACGGUGCAUUCUGGGGCAAAGUCGUGAACAGUCCCAGCAUAGAGUCCCCAGCACCGCCCAGACCCAGCACCCCAUCCCGCUUAGCCUUCUUCAUCCGCCAACAGAGCAGCGGAGGUGGGCCAGGGGGAGGGGGUCCCUCCACCCCCACCAGCACGGAGCCGCCCCAGUCGGGCGCCUCCCACCCCCCGUGCCCCGACAGCCCGAUGCACCAGCAGCUGGCCAACACGGAGUGUCUGGACUGGGACUCGGGUUACCUGGAGUAUCUCAAAGACUCCCGACAGGGCAUUGAGAUUUGCUCCUGGGCAUGCCGCGACUGGUCGGCCCCCUACGACGGGGAAAACCCCUCGCCGAACGUGGCCGCUCCACCCCCACCCCCGCCCACCUCCAACCCCACCAUGGCCAUGUUCCCCGAGCACUUCUCUCUCCAGCAGGGAGGAAGCGGGAGCACCCCCCCUCCGGGCCAGCAGAGGGCGGCCGUUGUGGCCGUCGCACGCUCCGAGUGGAGCAGCUCGGAGCGCGACAGUGGCGAGUGGGACGUCACGAUCGGCAAAAACAACUGCAUCAGCCUCACGCCGCGCUCCAAGAAGCGCAGCUUGCAGAGGGAGGAGGUCCUGCCGAAGCCUCUACCGCGUCUCGUUCCCUCCUCCUCCUCAUCCUCCUCCACUUCCUCUUCCUCUUCCUCUUCCUCCUCCUCCUCCUCUUCGUCCUCAGCCACCCCUUUAUCGUCCACCCACGCCGCCUCGUCCCCAGCACCUCACAACCCGACCUCUGCCGUCACCGUUGGCUACCAGGCCAUGUGUAACGGAAUGGCGGGGCAGGAGGACGGGUGCUCAGACAAUCGGGACAGAGGACUGGAGGUAAAGAAAGUGAAGAGGGACUUGGGGGAGCAGCAGUAUUUGGAUGAAAACGCGAAUCAGAAUGGAUCCCUUGUCACCUGCUCCUCGCAAGGCUGCGCCGCCCUUCCGCAGUCCAUUUUCAACGACAGCGAAAUGAGCGACGCAAAAUCGCCUCGGCCCAAUCAGAUUCCCUCUCAGGGCCCAGUCGCCCCGCUGGUGUCCGAUGCCAAACCGCCGGCCGGUGACGCCUCGAAGCCGUGCCUCGCGUCUUCCGAUCUGCCAGAAGCCAACCAGGCGCAGCAGUCCGUGGAGAGCCUCAUCCGGGAGCUGCUGGAGCAGGCGCCGGGAGAGCCGCAGCUCCCCGGAGACUCCAACGGCCAGGGCAUCAGCAUCGAGGCCUUCACACAGGAGCUGAGGGAGCUGGAGGACCGGGUGAGGGAGCGCGGCAGAGCGGCCUGCCAGCAGGAGGAAACCGCAAGAGAGUGCCUGUCCUCUGAGCGCCGUCAGCCGCAGCAGGAGGAGGAACAGCAGCCGCCCUCGGUCCCGGAGCCGAAGCCGCCGACGGGCGACACGAAGGGAGACGGGCCCGCGCUGGUCUUCGGCAGCCCCGCAAGACCGCUAAAUAAGCCCGCGUCUCAGCCGUACACAGGUCCGUUCAUGGUGGUUCUGUUCGCCAAGCUGGAGAACAUGCUCCAAAACUCGCUGUACGUCAACAUCCUGCUCACAGGCAUCGUGGCCCAGCUGGCCUGCUAUCCUCAGCCCCUCCUACGCUCCUUCCUGCUCAACACCAACAUGGUCUUCCAGCCCAGCGUCAAGUCACUGAUCCAGGUUCUAGGUUCUGUGAAGAACCGCAUCGAGGCGUUUGCAGCCUCUCAUGAGGACUUCCCGGCCAUGCUGAAGAAAGCCCAGCAGUACCUGGUGGCCCGAGGCAAGGUGGACUGGGCCGACUCGCCCGCGGCAGUCCCGAACCUGAGGCGCUCCGAUUCAUUAGUGAAGAGUCGUAAGCCCUCCCUCGGAGAGCUGAUCCUCCGUCACACCAACAGCCCGACCCGGGCCCGGCACGCCGCCCAGCUGGCCCUUGCGCACGUGCGGGACGGCGGCCAGUCGCUACACAGCGCCCUGUUCAAGGGCGGCGCGGGAGCCGGGAGUCUGGAGAAGCAAGCGGAGGCGCUGCGAGUGAAGAACGCCGUCUACUGCGCCGUCGUCUUCUGCGAGUUCCUCAAGGAGCUGGCCGCCCUGGCCCAAGAGCACGCCGUCACCCUGCCUUUCCCCCACAGCCAGGAGGCCGAGGAGUAGGCGGGACAGUGGCUCUUCACAUUUCUUUUUUUGGUUGGCUGUAAUAAAAUAAAAUGGGAUUCUCCCAUCAACAACGGACGAACUGGAGCACCGUCACUGAAGUAUGAUGGUCGUGCAAUGACACGGACCAAAAAGCAAGAUUUUUUAUUUUUUUUUUUGUACCAAAAUCAUUGUAGGAUUUAAGGACUGGAAGAAUUUCCCUCAUCUGUAAACUUCUACGAUAUUGUGCAUAUCAUGUAUUAUAUUUACAUUCUAUACACAGAUGAUCUCGGUAAACGGCGUGAGAUUUUUAGGAGCUUGUACAAGCGUGUCGCCUCUCAUGGCGUAGUGAGGCCCGGUCUCUUUUUCAGGCGGCACAGAGGAGAAGAGCGCUUCGUCCGCAACACAAUUAUAAAACGGUUAAAAAAAUAGUUUGUGUGGGGGAGGGGGGGGGGAAUUCAAAUAAGCAUUGAAUGCAAUCAACCAGCCGCAGAGUGAUCCAGGCGAGGGAACCGGUAAGCGUGUUCCUCGGAGCAUCUCAACGGUCCGCUUUUAUUCUGAUCACGAUGAAAACUGGAAGAUGAAUCAGCACGGACAACACCUGAGUACUGGAAAAACACUUUGGGGUAAUGAAUACCAUUUUUAUUAUUUAAAACAAAAAUAUAUUUCGUCUGUCGUCUGUCUUUUGCACCAUUUUUCUAGACAGCAGCAUCGCGUGGGAGCGGGUGUUGUGUGUGUGUGUGCAUGCGUGCGUGCGUGUGUGUGUGCGUGUGUGUGUGUGGGGGGGGAUUUAUUUCAACUCUGUAAAAAAAAAGAACAAAGGGUGACGCCAACUCUCCGGGCCAUCAGUGAGCCAUUCACCUGUUGCCAUAAAGGUGGCAGCGCGGCUCGGCACGGCGCACCGUUUUGUGUGCCAUUUCGUCUCUUUACAUUUCUUUUUAUUUAAAGACCCGAGAGUCUGCCAGAAACAAAGGGCGAGAAGAGAAUGUUUCUUUUUCUUCAAGGGAGCGUUGGCAUGAUUUCCCAUUUACUUUGAACUGACAUUUAAAAAGAAGACACGGUCACGAGGCAUUAACGGACUUUUCUUUAUAGGCCGACAAAGACCGUUUUGUUGUGAGCUAAAAGUGAAGCUUGUAAGACGCGAUCUCAUUCUCGUUUUUUUUUUUUUAUUUUUGCUUCAAAAAAGUAUUGUCUCUUUUACACAAACCGUUCCAUCCUGGAACUCGGCAUGCUGCUAUUGUUUUAACACCAAUUAGUUUUGGUUCUCCGUGUAAUUUCCUUUUUUUAGGUAGUUUUCCAACCGGGACUUUUUUUGCGUUAUUAUUUUUUUUUUUAAUUGGUCUGUUUUGUAAUGAGGGAGAAAACUGUGUUUGAUGACGUUAUAUGAGGGACCCGACAGGACGGCGUUCUCACCUUUUCGCUUGAUCCCGUCUGUUUUGUUAUUGUGUCCACAUUGUCAAAAAUCAUCUUAGUAUUUACACCUGACAUGUCACAUCUUUUCUUAAAACUGCGCCGCUUUCUGCACGGCGAAGCAAACCUCACUCCGAAGUCUGUCCCGCUGCCUUCGGGGGCCAUCAGUCUGUUCGGAUAAAGAAGGCCAGAGGGCCUCGCUCCUCACCAGGGUCCUCUACUUUCACACUCAAGAUUGGGUAUUAUUUUAAUUUGUUUUACCUGAACUCUUUUCACAAACCGCUCCGUUUGGGACGGCCGGUACUUUGUUAGCUCCCCACUUCCUCUGCCGGCCGCUCAGUCCCGUCGUAACGAAGCGGGUUCAGUCGGUUACUGUACAUCCUGUGACGCCUUCAGACGCCAAAGACGAUUCUCCAUCCAGUGUCUCUGUUUAGGCCAUCGACACGGUUUCGUGGCACGUAGUCUGUAAUAAACCACACUCCAUGUUGCACUUUUCAUAUUGCUUCCUGUGCUGGUGGAAGAGUGAGUCCGUCCAGCUGUUCAGGCACCAGGACGAGCACGUUUUUACAAACAACCAAACCCCAAUACUGAAUUUAAGUUAUAUAUUUUUUAAAUAUGCGGUAACUGGAUGCUGAAGCCCACACAGACACGUUUCUGACCAAUUCGUUGACCACCAGGAGCGUCUUGCUGUAAUGAAGCGAACUCUCUUAAAGGGACAGUGUGUAGCGUUUAGUAGAUCGCUGCAGGGAUGAGUCCUACAGGCUAAAGUCCUACAUCUAGGCUGUAGAGGGAGACGUUUCGUCUGGUAGCAAUCUGCAACUUCGCCACUCGAUGGCGCCAAAUCCUACACACUGCCCCUGUUUUAUAAGAAGAAAGCUAGUUAAAUGGAUGAAUGUCUUUUCAAGGUCUUGCUCUGAGGCGGUUGCCGUUUCUUUGGCUCUACUUAUAGACCCGAAAAUGUAUUUUCCCCAAGCUACGCUGUUGAUUCUUUAGUUGUUCUUCCGCUGUCCGUGUUUCAGACGGAUACAUUUGAACACAUGGUCCCUCAGUGAGUUCAAACCUAGAAUCCUUUGAAUUCACAGUAGUUUGAGUCGGGGCUUGAUUUGGUGCAUGUUUUGUAUAUUUAUGUUGACUGCGAGCCAAAGUGUCCAACUGUCCCUGACUCGCUUUCUGAUUCCAGCACCUCCUUUAGUUCCCAGAGACUGUUCUGAUUGUUCCAUCACACCAACAGGUGUCCUCUUAGUUUCAGGUGCACACGGUUCCUCCGGUUCUGACUGUACCACUCAAUCUGUUUAGCUUGGACAACGUACUCGUCGGUUCAUCUGAAGGGACUUUCACAGCUGUAUUUCUUUACUCGUACACACUUUGAAAAAGAUUUUUCAUAUUUUUCAUAUUCCAGCAUUGUUAUGCAUUACCACGGGAUGUCACUUAUCUUCUCACUCCCCACAAACCUGACGCAUUUCUCCCCUGUGAUCUAUGCAAAACAUGCUCUGGUGUCCCCCGUUCGAGGCUGAAAGACGUUGCGGUCUGAUUUAAUGUGUAAAUACUGUAUAAAAGAAAAGGGGGGGGGGGGAAAGAAAAGAAAAAUGGGUCGUGAAUGCAGAGGUGUGUGUGUGUGUGUGUGUGUGGAAAAAGCCAACAGGACAGAAUGAAAAUCAUGCUAAAAAUAAUGUAAUGAUGAAUGUUGUCAGAAAUAUUUUUCUAUAUUUUGAAAUCAUUAGAAAAACAUAGGACAAAAAUACAAAGUAGGGAGAAAAAAAAAAAAAA